CAGAGGGAAGACAAGGCUAGCCAGCCAGCCCCCCCUCCUAAUAGCUCGAAAACCAAACAUAAACAAAAGUUGGACACUCUCUGUCUCCCUCGCGCUUCGUUUUCGUAAUCCUCUCUUCCCCAUAUCUCUCUCUAAAUUCUCUGCAUUUUCUCCUUUGCGGUCGGUCAAGCUCGGCAACUCUCUUCCCUCCCUGUGUACAGAGACUGAGGGAGUAGGUGGGUGGGGCGAGAAGGGGUGAGAGGGAGAGGGAGGAUCCGCCAUUGUUAUGGGUUGUUUCACCUGCACUGGGGCAUCUGGCACGGAACCCACCGACAAGAACACGAGAAAUAAGCCCAACAAGGAGAAGCCAACCGCGGCGGAGAGUCGACCUGAUUCAGAGAAAGAGAAGUCCGACCCUUCUGGUAAGGUGAAGCAGCCGGAGUUGAAGGAAGAGGUCCCUAAGGACAAGCAGGUUUAUUUGGAUACCAAUGAAUUGGAAUUGAAGGAUAUCUAUAAGGAUGGGAAGCCUGUUGGGAAGCAGGCGCAGACGUUCACUUUCGAUGAGCUCACGGCUGCGACUGGGAAUUUCAGGUCCGAUUGCUUUUUGGGUGAGGGCGGUUUUGGGAAAGUGUACAAGGGGCAUUUGGAAAAAAUGAAUCAGGUUGUAGCUAUCAAGCAGCUCGAUCGUAAUGGCCUUCAGGGCACAAAGGAGUUUGUCGUCGAAGUGGCGAUGCUUAGUCUCGUAGAUCAUCCAAACCUUGUUAAACUGAUUGGCUUCUGUGCUGAGAGAGAUCAGAGGCUAUUAGUUUAUGAAUACAUGCCGUUGGGAUCUCUAGAAACCCAUUUACAUGACCUUCCGCGUAACAGGAAAGCACUUGACUGGAAUUCAAGGAUGAAAAUAGCAGCUGGUGCAGCUAGAGGCCUGGAGUAUCUACACAACAAAAUGAAGCCACCUAUUAUAUAUCGUGACCUAAAAUGCUCAAACAUUCUAUUGGGCGAAGGGUAUCAUCCCAAGCUGUCUGAUUUUGGCUUGGCGAAGGUGGGCCCAAGUGGAGACCAGACACAUGUUUCUACUAGAGUUAUGGGGACUUAUGGGUACUGUGCGCCCGACUACGCCAUGACUGGACAGUUGACUUUCAAGUCAGACAUAUACAGCUUCGGUGUUGUUCUUCUGGAGCUCAUUUCAGGAAGAAAAGCAUAUGAUCCUCUUAAAGAACGGAAGGAGCAAUACUUAGUUGCUUGGGCGCGGCCUCUGUUUAGAGAUAGAAAGAAAUUCUCGCUUAUGGUGGACCCAAUGCUUCAAGGGCAGUACCCCGUCAGGGGCCUCUACCAAGCUCUCGCAAUAGCUGCAAUGUGCGUUCAGGAGCAGCCCAAUAUGAGGCCUGCUAUAUCUGAUGUAGUCACGGCACUAAACUACCUCUCUUCACAGAAUUACGAACCUAGUGUCCAUUCCUCCGGGAGUUCUCGAAUAAGUUCUCCUAGAGCUACAACAAAGGAAACAGGGGGCAGAGUAAGCACGAGCAGCGAAUAGGUGCAGAAGAUUAAGCUGAAAAUAAGGAGAUUAGAGUGAAUGCAAAUUCGUCCGUUUCUUAUACGGGAAAUGCCUGCAUAUCGGUUUUCCAGUUUCUGAGGUAACAGGCAGUGCUCCCUCCUCUGCCGUUCCAUGUACAGGAAUUCUUCCCUUUAUCCUCUCACCCUUCUGCACACAUUAAGCCGAGUUUUGGUUCGGAUGCCUUUGUAGGAAACGGACUCCUAUAUUAGUAGAUCCAUAUUCUUUUGCACCAUUGGUGUUACUUUUUUGUGCCUCUCUUGAGCUCUACAAACUCUCUUAUUUCGGAAAAAUUCUCGAGUCUACUCGGCUCUUCACUGGAA